AUGGCCAAGGAAUGGGCCAAGCCUGGCAAAAUGUUUCCAAGUCUUGGUCGAUGCUUGCACCAGGCUUGGGGAUUGACACCAACCCGAUAUUCAUCAUUCGUGGCUUCUAAAACAACUCAUUGUAAUACGACGCCUGGUACAGCACUCGAUAUAUAUUGUAAGUCAAGCAACUGGACAAAUUUCAAUGAAGAAGAUUCAAUUAUAAAAAGGUAUCCAAAUAAACUUCAAAUAAUAAAUAAAAAAGCUAACGCUUUUCUAUUCGAUGCAUUUGAUAAUAUAUCAUCUUCAUCGAUUGAAACGCUGCAACUAGAUUUGGCUGAUGGACGAUCGUAUAUUGAUUCGAGUUGUUUUUUAAAAUUACAAAACCUGAAAAGAUUAGAAAUUAAUUCAGCUUCAGUCUUACUUAAUCCUUAUAGUUUUUAUGGACUUAAAAAUUUAACAUAUCUCAAAAUAAAAUUGGACAAUGAAACAGCACGACAUAUGGAUAAAAUAUUAUAUCAACAAUUAAAUUUAAAUAAAUUGGAACUUUUAAAUCACCAUGAUUCAGAUAUUUGUUAUUCAACGAGAAAAAAUACAACUAUUAAUCUAUUACAACUUCAAUAUACGGGUGGUUUUUUUAAAACAUUACCUCAUAACUCAUUUGUAUGUUUCGGAAAUCUGCAAAGUAUAACAAUCACUGAAAGUGAUCUGAUGUUUCUUGAACCCGGUGCAUUUAAUGGUUUAAAAAAAUUGGAAACCGUCUCACUAACAUCGAAUCAUAAACUCACUCAUAUAUCUUCAAAUGUAUUCAAUAUUGGAAGUUUAGAAAUAAUAAAUUUGAGUAACAAUUCAAUAAGUACAAUUGAUAAUGAAGCAUUGACAAUUGAAAAUAAUAAAUUAUUAUUAGUUAACUUGAGCUACAAUUCAUUGGAAAUCAUUGAAGAAGGAAUGUUUAGAAAAUUUAAAUGUCAUUUUAUUGAUUUAUCACAAAGUGGAAUAAUUGGUAUUGUUAAUGGUGCAUUUAAUACCUCACGUAUAAAUAUAAUUGAUCUUAUGAAAAAUCAAAUAUUAAGAUUCAAUUCAUUUAAAUGGGGAAUCAACUAUACUAUUACAUUGGCUUUACUCGAUAUUAUAAAAUUCGAUAUUGCAACGAGCUCGAGCUUCAAUGAUAGCCAAAUUUCAAGAGUAACAAAUAAAUUAAAUUCCAUCAUUAAAGAAUCAUCUCUGUGUUAUUUAACUGAAUAUGGUAUUUAUAAAAUUUGUAAAACAAGAAAUAAGAGCAUUCGUUUAGUCAAGGAUAUUUCUAAUUUUCUCUCAAUACCAAAACUCGAAAUACGGGACAAUGAGAUAUUAUCAAUUGACAAUUAUGCAUUUAAAAAUCUGACGAUUUUAACCUUGAAGAUAAGCUCUGCCGUAGAAAAAUUUACUAUUACCAAUAAUUCUUUUGCAGGAUUGCCGAAUCUUAAAGUUCUCGAAAUUGAUACCAAGCAAAUUUUUUUAAAAACACCUGUUUUUUAUCAUCUACAAUCAUUGAUAGCUCUCGAGAUACCAUUGAUUGAACCUCAAGAAUUUCAAUGUCGAUCAUUUUCAAAUCUUCAAAGUUUAGAAGAAUUGGUACUUGUGAAUUAUAAUACAGUUGACAUUUGCUAUGGUCUAUGUCGCACUAUCAACUUUGGUAUCAAAAGUCUGCAAUACAAAAAUAGUAUUUUUACAGAGUUACAAUGGAUGAAAUUAUCUUGCUUGAAAAAAUUAGUACAUCUUGCCAUAACCAAUGCAUGGAACGUUAGUGAAUCUAAUACCCAAACAGAUUGUUUUAACGAAGAACCAUUUACAAUUUGCAAAAAAUUUAAUACUUUAACAUCGGUGAACCUUAUCACAAAUCGAUAUGGCUAUAUAAAUUAUCGACUCGGUAUCAAGGUUAGUGCUGCUUUGGAAAGUCAGACACUUAAAUUAUCUGGACAAAUAUAUUCAAUUGGUAGAAAUGCAUUUCAAAAUUCAGAUAUUGUUACAAAUUUAAAAACACUUAUAUGUCAUCAAACAACUCACGUAUUUACAAUUUAUCCAGAAUCAUUUGAGGGCUUGACAGAAUUAGAAAACUUAGAAUUAAAUACUGGACCAAUUGUACUGAAAGCUCAUUUAUUUGAUAAAUUACCGUCUUUGAAAUACCUUAAAAUUGAAGUUGAAGAAACCUUACAACCUCUCAGUCAAGUAUUGAUAAAUUUGAAAAAUUUAAAAACAUUGGAAGUUGUUGGAAAUCAUACAAUUGGUAUUUGUCAAAAUAUAUAUUCGCAUAAAAUACCACAUUCAUUAACUGACAUUCGUUAUACAAAUGGUAACAUUACAAAUUUACAAGCAAAUUCAAUGAGGUGUAUGCCACAGCUUGAAAAACUUAUUAUAACAAAUACACAAUUAAUGACAAUCCAGGCUGAAAAGGUACCUUUGAUGGUCUUAAAUGCAUUGAUUUACAUUUGUCUGCCAAUGAAAUAA